AUGCCCAGACGUGACAUUCACGCCACUCUCAAUUUCAGAGCGUUGAAUCAAUAUGACUACGGGAACUCGGAAAGAACUCAACCCAGGAAACUACGUGGUGGGAAUGCCUGCCUGCAAUGUCGCAAACAGAAAAGUCGAUGCGAUCAAGGCAUCCCCCGGUGCUCGCACUGCGUGGAGAAGCAAUGGACCUGCAUCUACGCAGCGACUGGAAAUGCAGGAGCUCUCGACCUCGAAAUUCAUAACCCACACCGGAACCUGGAAAUGGAGACGAUUCCUACGCAGUCAACCACAGAUUUACAGACACCAGGCGCUCAUGAUGACUUCGUGAAUCUCGAACAAAACAUUUCCGAAACGCCCAAGGAGAGUAAUGCUGAAACUUCUAUCGCCGUUGGACCAGACACCCUGACAAGAAAUCUGGUGGAGGAAUUCUUCACGCUUCUCUACCCUCUACCGUCGUUCUCUUUCUUACACCCUGAAAUAACCCAAGAACGAUUGAUGGAAGGGUCUCUGGACGAAGCUUUGGUCUUCGCGAUAUGUGGCAUUACCGAACUUCAACGAAGAUCGGACUCUGAAGCUCAAGGACGAAGUGUAGCGUGGAUUUCCAAAAGCGAAGAGCUCAUUUGGCAGCAUCUGGAGAAGCCUAGCAUGGCACGCCUUCAAGCGUUGGUUCUGUGUGUGGCUUACCGCAUCGAUACUGGCUCCUCUCACCGGGCCUUCAUGCUUGCAGGAGUUGCCUCUAGGUCUGCAACUGCAAUGAGGUUAAACCAUGAAAGACAUGACCUGGAUCCUACCAGCAAUGAGGUUCGACGCCGUACUUUGUGGUCCCUCAAGGUGCUUGAACAGUACUUCUCAAUUGGUCUUCCUGAAUAUGAACUGCUGCCAUUUGAGAAUAUCUAUCUACAGCUCCCGAGUCGUGAAGACUGUUUUCAAGAGUCUGACCAGCCAUUACAUCUGGAGGGAGGAGCAUACAGCCUGUUUGUCAAACUAACAUCGUUACGAAGGGACACCAUGAAAUUCAAUCGCUCAAUAGCUCUGUUCGACCAGCCUUUCCCACAACUCCUCAAGCUCACCCGAAGUCUGGACAGUGAGCUGCUACAUCUACGGGAUCAGAUGCCCGCUGGCUCAGACAUGGCGGCCGCUAGUGUGGCCCAAUUCAUCUCGACACCGUGGCUGGCGAGACAUCUGGUCAUGCAACUGUCAUGGCAUCAAUGUCGAUGCGAUCUAUAUCGGCUCUUUCUUCCAGGCUAUCCAGAAGCUGCACCCGCACUGGUACUAGCUGACCUCGACCUCGCCACCACACAAACCGCGGUUCAGGUCUGCGCGAAAAGUGCACUCUCCAUCAUUGAAAUCUUGUCUGAAGUAAACUCACAAUGCUCUCAUUCGCCUUUAAUGGAGUAUGAUUCUGCCAUAUGCGGCUACCAUGCAUGUCGGCUGAUCUUGUUUCUGGCCGGUUGCCAGUCCGAAAUGUCUUCCAUCUCCAAGGAAUACGCGAUCAGCCGAGGAGAACUAUGUCUGGCCGCUAUGAAAAGAUUUUUCAGACGCUCAGCACCAGUCGGUCCUAUUUUGAAGGAUCUGGAAAGACUAAUUUCGACGUGUAGCACCUCUUCCGACAACUGGGCUCAGCUGAUUUUCCGCUCAACUCCUACCGAGAGAAGCCGAGACCCGUUGCUCUCUCAAGUGGCAAUGGCAAAACAACGUCUCGCUAUACACAGUCUACUACGACAAGCAGAAUUUGAAGACGGCGAGUCUUCCAUCGUAGCCUCAUCAUCUGGCCCGGCAGUUCAGCCCUCCCCAAAUGACAACACGCCACCACCCUCGUAUCCUGUACCAACCUAUGUUCCCCAGCAGAGGUUGGAAUUCGAACAGGUAUAUUCUCAUUUCCAUGGAGAUUUGUUUAGAUUCUCUACACAAACAAUGGAAUACCCAUAA